AUGGCCAAGGAUCAGCAGAAGAGCACCAAGAAGUCGGCUCUCAACGAGGUCGUCACCCGUGAAUACACCAUUCACCUGCACAAGAAGGUCCACAACACCACCUUCAAGAGACGUGUUCCCACCGCCGUCAAGGUUGUCCGCGCCUUCGCUCAGAAGACCAUGGGCACCACUGAUGUCCGUCUUGACCCUUCGCUCAACAAGCACCUGUGGUCCCACGGUGUCAAGACUGUUCCCCACCGUCUCCGUGUUCGCCUUGCUCGCAAGCGUAACGAUGCCGAGGAUGCCAAGGAGAAGUUCUACACCUACGUCACCCCCGUCGUUGUCGCUUCUUUCAAGGGCCUCCAGAGCCAGAAGAUUGAUGAGUAA